CUUCCCCUCUCCCCCGUAGUUCUUCUCUUCUUCUUCUUCUUCUUCCUCGUCGGUCUUCUACCGACCAGCCAGAGAGAGAGAGAUACAAUGGGAAUGAGGACGGAAGAUCAGGUCGUCAAAGAUCAAGAGGAGGAAGAGGCGGCGCCUCCCCUCCUGUUGGACGCAGAGUCCGUGACAAAGCCUCGCAGGAUUGCUCUGUUUGUCGAGCCCUCCCCCUUCGCCUACGUCUCUGGCUACAAAAACCGGUUUCAGAAUUUCAUCAAGAACCUACGUGAAAUGGGAGAUGAGGUCAUAGUUGUGACGAACCAUGAAGGAGUGCCUGAGGAGUUCUAUGGCGCUAAGGUAAUUGGUUCCUGGAGCUUUCCCUGUCCAUGGUAUCAAAAGGUGCCACUUUCACUAGCUCUUAGCCCGCGAAUAAUUGCAGAGGUGGCAAAAUUUAAACCGGAUAUAAUCCAUGCUUCUUCACCAGGAAUCAUGGUGUUUGGUGCUCUUGCUAUUGCCAAAAUGCUUAGCGUCCCAAUAGUAAUGUCAUAUCAUACCCAUGUUCCAAUAUACAUUCCCAGAUACACCUUCAGUUGGCUGGUGAAACCCAUGUGGAUGGUCAUAAAAUUCCUGCACGGAGCUGCUGAUCUUACACUGGUGCCUUCAGCUGCUAUCAGCAGGGAUCUUCAAGCCGCUGAUGUGACAACGGCAAAUAGGAUUCGGCUUUGGAACAAGGGUGUUGAUUCUGAGAGCUUCCACCCCCGAUUUUGCAACUACGAAAUGCGAUUGAGGCUAAGUAAUGGAGAACCAGAAAAACCACUGAUAAUUCAUGUGGGCCGUUUGGGAGUAGAAAAGAGCUUGGAUUUCCUAAAACAGGUUAUGGAUAGGCUGCCAGGAGUAAGGAUUGCAUUCAUAGGCGAUGGACCAUAUAGGAGCGACCUCGAGAAAAUGUUUUCAGGCAUGCCUGCAGUAUUCACAGGGAUGCUGCAAGGGGAGGAACUUUCUCAAGCCUAUGCGAGUGGUGACAUAUUUGUGAUGCCCUCAGAAUCAGAGACCCUCGGUCAAGUCGUUCUGGAGUCCAUGUCAUCUGGAGUUCCCGUUGUGGCUGCUCGUGCAGGGGGGGUUCUUGACAUCAUUCCAGCAGAGCAGGAGGGCAAAACCAGCUUCAUGUUCACUCCCGGAGAUCUCAAUGACUGCUUGAGCAAAAUUCAGCAUCUAUUGACGAACCAGGAAUUCAGGGAAGCCAUGGGAAAGGCUGCAAGAGAGGAGAUGGAGAAAUACGACUGGAGAGCAGCCACCAGGAUUAUACGCAACGAGCAGUACAAUGCAGCUAUUUGGUACUGGCGGAAGAAGAGAGCGCAGAUGCUUAGUCCUUGCCAGUGGUUAGCUGAAAGGAUGUUUGGUUCGCAGCAUGCAAUAACCUACGGUUGAUACGCUAGGAAUAUGUAUAUUACGGGUGAAUCAGUAUAUGCAGCUUGUGAGUAGACUGGGUUGAUUUUGACGCAAUUGUUUGAUUUGUACUAAAAUGUAAAUUAGUAUUAAUGGUAAUAAUAUUGGAAACCGCUUCUGCAGUUAAAAGUU